UCAAUUUUCGGUUGAGCCUGAAAACAUUUACUACAAUGCUGCUGCUGAGAAUUCGAGAUCAGAUCAAUCGUAACAUAUCUUGAGUUCAAUCGAGUCGAUAGGAUGUUAAAUCGACAUAAUAAAUUUUUGUAACGUGUUUACUGAGCAAUUAUCAAAUGAAUUAACCAUAAGUGUGGAUCUUCAUGAACGCAGAUACCCAGACGAACUAGGUCAACGAAUUGUAUUGUGCGAGCUGUGAUAUUUUCGUUUGAUUUUUCUCUGCCAUACAAAUUUGUUGGCUGUUAAGAUAAUCGGUUUUAAUGAUAAUUGUUUCACGUUCGUGUAACGAAUCGCCGUAUCAACGAGCAGAGUUAAUCGUAAUAGUAUAAACGUUGUAACUAUUGAAGCAGCUGUUACUGGAAAAUGCAAGUGCGCGUCUUUGCCAUAUUUUGGCAGAAUAACGAAUAAAACGUGUAAUAGUUAAUCUCGAUCAUCUGUGAAUUUCUUGUACCUCAAGCACUUUGUUUAUCCACAUUUUCGAAAAGGGAUUCAGAAAAUCAGUACCCAAUGAAAUCAGUCACUUCUGUUCCUGAAACAAACUUUCAAGGUAUCGGGCGUGACAUGGCAGAGCGGCUCGGUUUGGGCCCUGAGGUUCGGGAACUCAAACUAGGACCAACUUUUACAAACAAUAGAUCAACGGCCUUUCAUACUCUGAAAUAUGAUUUUAAACCAGCAAGUGUUGAUGUUUCUAAAGUGGCAAGGGUUGAUGUUGGAACAAACAAUACAAUGACAGUUACUGUUCCACAUUUAGAUGGUGCUGGAAUUCCUCAUACAGUGUUUAAAGGCUCUCAGAGACCUUAUCAUAAAGAAUGUGUUCUGAUAAUUGACAGAGUAACUGGAGAAAUUACUUUGGAAAAAUUAACAGCAAACAUACAAGUGAAAAAAACUCGAACAGAACCCAAGUCUCAAUCACAUUUAGGAGUUUCUGGGGGAAAUAGUAGCAAUAGACCUAUAACUCCCGUAGAGACAAAGAGAAGCCCUACACAUGGAAGGGCAACAGGAAGAACAAAAGUUACAAGUGGAAAGAAAAGAGAACCUAGUGUUCAACUACAUCCAAAGCAGUAUAGUCCGCUUAGAGUAUCUCCAUAUCAUGGCAAGAGUCCACCUUCCACUUUAACCAACAGUUCACCAGUGCAACCAUCAGUGGCACAAUCAACUUUGGCUAGUUUGCCGAUGAUUGGUUCUGAUAAUGAUGACUGCCCUUUAACAUCAUCUGGAUCAUUCCCAACUAUAAAUUCUUCAGCACCUUCAAGGUCAUCUCCUGCAACAAAUACUCAGCCUGCUGCAAAACCUUCUAUGACUGCAGAUAGUGAUGAAGGUGCUCUCAGUGAUUCUACUACAAGUAGCUCAAGUUCAGAUAGUUCAGACAGUGAUUCAGACACAGAAAAUGUUCCAGUGUUAACAGGAACUAAUGGUCAUUUGAAUAGUACAGCUUCAUCUCCUACGCUCCUCAUGCCAGAUAAUCUUUUAAAUGAUGAUUUGCAAUUAUCAGAAUCAGAAUCUGAUAGUAAUUAAUGUGUUUUUUCAGGGACAAUAAAAGAUCUUUUAAAGGUCUUUUCUGCCAAAAAAAUUAUAUACUUUUUCGGCACUUUAUUUGCUAGGUAUAUUGGAGGAAUCAGAAAACGAAAUAGAACAAUUCAAUUCUGUUUCACAUCACA